AUGAAGAUGAACGGAUUAAUCCUGUGGACAAUAGUUCUGGUGGGAAAGACUGGAUCAGGGAAGAGUGCAACAGGGAACACCAUCUUGGGUAAAAAGGUGUUUAAAGUGGAAGCUUCUUUUGAGUCUGUAACUGCACAGUGUGAGAAACAGAGUGGAGUGGUGGAUGGGACGAAGAUUGAUGUCAUCGACACCCCGGGGCUCUAUGACACAACACUGUCUAAAGCAGAGAUGAAAGGUGAAAUAGAAAAGGCCAUCUAUAUGUCAGUCCCAGGACCUCAUGCCUUCCUGCUGGUGAUCAGACUGGGGAGGUUCACAGAGGAGGAGAGGAACACUGUGAAGUGGAUCCAGGAGAACUUUGGAGAAGAAGCCUCAAAGUACACCAUCAUUCUGUUCACCGGAGGAGACCAGCUGGAGGACAAAUCAUUGGAGGACUUAGUGAAGGAGAGUGAGGAGCUUACGAAAGUCGUCAAGGUCUUUAACGGCAGAUAUCAUGUCUUCAAUAAUAAAAAGAAGAAUGACAACACUCAGGUCACAGAGCUGCUGGAGAAGAUAGAUAAGAUGGUGGUGAAGAAUGGAGGACAACACUACACCAAUGAGAGGUACCAGGAGAUCCAGAGGAAGAUCAACGAGGAGGAGAGGAAGAAACAGCAGGAGGAGGAGAGAAAGGAGGAGAAGAAUAAACGGGUAGAGGAGGCGAGAGAGGAGGAGAGGAAGAAACAGGAGGAGAUUAAGCAGAAUAAGUCAAAGUCCCUAUGGGGAAAAGCACAUUUCUUUUCUGUUUCCACAGUUUCAGACCAGCCCUCUGACCUGAGGAUAGUUCUGCUGGGAAAGACUGGAGCAGGGAAGAGUGCAACAGGAAACACCAUCCUGGGGAGAGAGGUGUUUAAUAUGGAGGCUUCUCCAGUGUCUGUGACUGCACAGAGUGAAAAACAGAGUGGAGUGGUGGAUGGGAGGAAGAUUGAUGUCAUCGACACCCCGGGGCUCUAUGACACUACCAUGUCUCCAGAAGAGAUGACAAGUGAAAUAGUCAGGUGUAUAGAAAUGUCAGUCCCAGGACCUCAUGCCUUCCUGCUGGUGAUCAGACUGGGGAGGUUCACAGAGGAGGAGCAGAACACUGUGAAGUGGAUCCAGGAGAACUUUGGAGAAGAAGCCUCAAUGUACACCAUCUUGCUGUUCACACAUGGAGAUCAACUGAAGGGCAAAUCAGUGGAGGACUUUCUGGCUGAGAGCAAAGAGCUACGGAAACUCAUCAAUAUCUGUGGGGGCAGAUAUCACUCCCUAAAUAAUGACAAGAGAAGAGACAACACUCAGGUCCCAGAGCUGCUGAAGAAGAUAGAGGAGAUGGUGAAGAGGAAUGGAGGACAACACUACACCAACGAGAUGUACCAGGAGGCCCAGAGGAAGAUCAACAAGGAAAAGGAGAGGAGGAGACAGGAAGAGGAGAAAGAGAGAGAGAGAGGAGACAGGAGGAGGAAGAAAGCAGAAGAAGAGAAGAGAAAUUGACUGAAUGCAAGUGGUCAGCGCUUGCCAGUACGGCUGCAUUGGGGUUGGGAGCCUUGUACGGCUCUCCGUUGUCGUUAGCAGCAGGGGCUGCAGCAGCCGCUUGGAAAGGUUAUGGAUGCAUGGGAACCUAUUUCAAAUCAGGUUCCACCUCAAAAGAGUAGAAGGAAUAAGAUUUCCACAUCCACCAUCUCAGAUUGUUUAGAAAUUAAGAUUUACAUUUUACAUUUACA